AUGGAUAAUUGUAAUCCAGUCCAAAAUCCAAUUGUUCGAGAUUUCAGACUCACAAGGGAUGAAAAUGGAGCAAGAGUAGAUAGUAGCCGUUAUAAGCAAUUAAUUGGCAGCUUAAUGUAUUUAGCUGCCACCCGGCCUAAUAUCAUGUUUGUCGUGAGUCUUUUAAGCAGAUAUAUGGAGCAGCCAACUGAACUUCAUUUUCAAGUUGCUAAAAGGGUGUUAAGAUAUAUAAAAGGAACAUCUGAAUUUGGCAUAUUUUAUAAAAGGGGAGGAGAUGCAGAGCUGAUUGCAUUUACUGAUAGUGAUUACGCUGGCGAUUCUGAUGAUAGAAGGAGUACAUCAGGUUUUGUUUUUCUGCUGAAUUCAGGGGUGGUUUCUUGGUCUUCAAAGAAACAACCAAUAGUCACUUUAUCUACCACUGAAGCUGAGUUUGUUGCGGCAGCUGCUUGUGCUUGCCAAGCAGUUUGUUCAGCUGGUGCACUCUCAAAAAAUCCUGUACUACAUGGUCGAAGCAAAUAUAUAGAUGUUCGGUUUCAUUUUCUUCAUGAAUUAACUAAGGAUGGAGUUGUGAAGUUGGUUCAUUGUGGAGCACAAGAACAAGUUGCAGACAUAAUGACCAAGCCAUUGAAGCUAGAUUUGUUCAUUAAGUUUCGAAGUCUUCUGGGUGUCUGUGCCGCUUCAAGUGUAAACUGA